AUGGCGCCGGCCGAGGACGAGGUACAACAACACGUAUCCCCAUCAGAGGCACGACGCCUAGUGCAAGACAUACUAAAGGGAAACGGGGUGUCUGCCGAAAACGCAGCCAUUGUCGCAAAGUGUCUUGUUGCCGCCGACCUCCGCGGCGUCGACACGCACGGCAUGAACCGGAUCCCUUCGUACAUGGAGCGCAUCCGCCAGGGGGUCCUCAAUGCCACGGCCCAACCAAGCGUCAGCCAGGUCACGCCGGCCGUGGCACAAGUAGACGGAAACAAUGGCUUCGGCUUCGUGUCGGCACAUGUGGCCAUGGCGGCCGCCGUCGAAGCAGCCAAGACAUACGGCAUCGGCAUGGCGAGCGUCAAGCACUCCAACCACUUCGGCAUGUCGGCCUGGGUGGUCCAGCAAGCCCUGGACGCAGACAUGAUGAGCCUGGUGUUUACGAACUCGAGCCCUGCGCUGCCCCCGUUUGGCGGCAAAAGCAAGCUGAUGGGCGUCUCGCCCCUGGCCUGCGGAGCACCUGGGAAACCAAACUUCAUCCUCGACAUGGCGCCCUCGGUGGCAGCUCGCGGCAAGAUAUACAAGGCGAAGCGUCGGGGAGAAAAGAUCCCGCUCGACUGGGCGCUCGACGCCGAGGGGAGACCUACGGACGACCCCGAAGCAGCGCUGGGGGGCGUCAUGCUCCCCAUGGGGGGACCAAAGGGCUCGGCUUUGUCUGUCAUGAUGGACGUGUUUUCGGGCGUCUUGUCCGGCUCGGCAUUUGCAGGGCACGUCACGGGCCCGUAUGACCCGUCCAGGCCUGCCGACGUUGGGCAUUUCUUGAUCGCCGUCAAGCCGGACCUGUUUAUGAGCCUGGACGAUUUCAGAGGCCGGAUGGAGCAUCUAUAUGAGAGGAUAGUGGGGGCUGAAAAGGCGGCGGGCGUGGACAGGAUCUACUUUCCCGGGGAGAUUGAGCAGCUCACGCAGACGGAGAGGGAAGAGACGGGAAUACCGUUGGUACGGGAGGAGAUUGACGCUUUGAAUGCCGAGGCGGAAAGAGUGGCCGCAAGGCCGCUUGCAUUUAUGAACCAACCUACGACGAAGAUGGCCGCCGACACUGAGUGA